AUGAGACUUGAGCAGCCAGAGAUCAGCAGUCUCGGGGAAACCUUGCAGCCCCAGGUGAAAGUCUUCACCCACCUUCUCUUCCCUUUCAUCUGCAUCCUGGCAUUUCCCAAGUACCAGCUGGACUUUCUGGGCAUGUGGAACUGGAUAUGCAAAAAAUGGCUCCCCUACUUCUUGGCGAGGUUCCGUGUGACAUACAAUGAACAGAUAGUGAGCAAGAAGCGGGAGCUCUUCAGCAACCUGCAGGAGUUCGCUGGCCCCUCUGGGAAGCUCUCCCUGCUGGAGCUGGGCUGCGGCACUGGGACCAACUUCAAGUUCUACCCCCCUGGAUGCCGGGUGGCCUGUAUUGAUCCCAACCCCAACUUUGAGAGGUUCUUGAUCAAGAGCAUUGCCGAGAACCGACGCCUGCAGUUUGAGCGCUUCGUGGUGUCGACCGGGGAGGACAUGCACCAGGUGGCGGACGGCUUCGUGGAUGUGGUGGUUUGCACCCUGGUCCUGUGCUCCGUGAAGAAUCAGGAUCGGGUCCUCCAGGAAGUGUGCAGAGUGCUGAGACCAGUGAAUGCCCUUAUCUUCGUGGAACACAUAGCAGCUGAAUGCUCUUGCUGGAAUUUCUCCAGUCAGCAGUUCCUCAGCCCAGCCAGACCCUUCUUACUUAAAACCUGUCAACAAAGCCAGAAUGUUCUGGAAGGAGCUGCUUUCUCUCAGCCAACAUUACAGCUCCCGCACGCCCACUGGCCAGGGAGCUAUCUCCUCCUCAUACCUCUGAGUACACAGAACUAAAAAGAAAGCAUGUGG